AUGGGCCUACCCAGUACACACAAUGUUGUGCUUCUAAUUAUUCUGCUCGGUGGGGUUCUCACUAUGAAAAUCGACACAGUCUUUGCUCAAGGACCCUCAAAACCCGAGGGUGAUUCAACUUGUUGGUAUAUGGCUAGUUUCGCGGCUUACUGUAUGUCGUUUAUGCAGGGAAAUUCAACGAAAUUUCAUGUGCCUAGUAAAAAAUGUUGUACCUACGCUCAAAAGACUAACAUUGUGCAAUUUUGCAAGAGAUUUGUUUUAGAAAACGAGCGGGUAUACAACGCGGCCAAAGUCGUUGAGGUGGCACGCUAUUGCCGAAACCCUCUUCCAAGUGGUACAAAGUGUGGAAAUCACACUGUCCCAUGA